GUUUUGGGCCCAUGUCUCUGCCAAACAGUUUGCUAUGUAGGGCUUUACACCAGCCUACGGGUGCCCCCUCUGCUCGGGGCUUCGCUCCGACUUCUUUGCACUGAACAAGGUGAAGACUGACUGCUCAAGAUUUAUGGAUUCAGGGGUAAAAGCUGCCUAAAAUCUGAUGGACCGAUUCUGUGGGCUGCCAAAAUCAAGCUCGGCUCCUCUUUCUUUUGUUUUUCUCUUGGUUCCUGCCCCCACCAGCCAUUCCCGAAACCCAGCACGUCUAUUUUGGGCUCCCAGUUCCCCCACCUGCUCCUGUCCAUCAGGGGCCGACAGCAGAAGGCUUAAAGAGACUCCUCAUUGCGAAAGACUGUGUAACAAAGGAGGGAAACUAUCAUGAAAGUGUCCUACUUUGCUUUUGCCGUGUUGUUCUGGAUUUCACUCUACACCGCAGGAUGUUGGGCCAGGAACGAGGAAGAGCAGCUCCUGAACUACUUGAUGAAGGAGCGCGGCUAUAACAAGGAGCUGCGGCCAGUGGGCAACAAGGACGAUGCGGUGGACGUGUAUCUCGCCCUCAUCCUGUCAAACCUCAUCUCGCUGAAAGAAGUUGAUGAAACGCUGCUUACAAACGUUUGGAUGGAGCAUAUGUGGUCCGACCCACGGCUGUCCUGGAACACCUCGGAAUUCGGGGAUAUCGAUGUUCUCCGGUUGCCAUCCAGCAUGAUUUGGCUUCCCGAAAUCGUGCUGGAGAAUAACAAUGAUGCCCAGUUCCAGGUCGCCUAUUACUGCAAUGUGCUGGUCUACCCCGACGGCUCUGUCUACUGGCUGCCACCCGCCAUCUUCCGCAGCUCCUGUGCCAUCAAUGUCAACUACUUCCCAUUUGACUGGCAGAACUGCACACUAAAGUUCAGUGCGCUGACCUACAACGCCAAAGAGAUCACCAUGCACCUGAAGCAGGAAGUUGAUGAAGCCACUCAGAAGACAUACACAGUGGAGUGGAUUUCCAUCGACCCUGCAGCAUUCACAGAAAACGGGGAGUGGGAGAUCGUGCACAAGCCAGCCAAGAAGAACACGUACAAGAACAUCCCCAUGGACAGCAACAAGCACCAGGACAUCACCUUCUACCUCAUCAUCCGGCGCAAGCCACUCUUCUACAUCAUCAACAUCAUCAUUCCCUGCGUGCUCAUCUCCUUCAUGGCCUCGCUCGUGUACUACCUGCCGGCCGACAGUGGGGAGAAGAUGACUCUGUCUAUCUCCGUGCUUCUGGCGCAGUCUGUGUUCCUGCUGCUAAUAUCGCAGAGGCUGCCUGAGACAUCCAUGGCCAUCCCGCUCUUUGUCAAGUACUUGAUGUUCAUCAUGGUGCUCGUCACUGUGGUGGUGCUCAACUGCGUUGUCGUGCUCAACCUGCACUUCCGCACCCCCAGCACCCACGUCAUGUCAGAGUGGACCAAGGAGUUCUUCCUGGAGAGGCUGCCCCGCUUCCUGCGCAUGUCGCGGCCUGCGGAUAGCGAGCCCGGCCAUGGGGGGGCGCUGGCACGCCGCUCCAGCUCAGUGGGUUACAUUGCCAAGGCGGAGGAGUACUACAGCGUCAAGUCACGCAGUGAGCUGAUGUUCGAGAAGCAGUCGGAGAGGCACGGCCUGGCCCCCCGCGCCACGGCCGCUGCUGUGCACAAGGCGAGCGAUGAGGAUGAAGCCAGUGACCAACUCUUCUCAGAGAUGAAGCCAGCUGUGGAUGGGGCCAAUUAUAUUGUCAAGCACAUGCACGAGAAGAACGACUACAACGAGGAAAAGGACAACUGGAGCGGCAUUGCCAGGACCAUCGACCGCCUCUGCCUUUAUGUGGUCACACCGAUCAUGACCGUGGGGACAGUUGUGAUCUUCCUCACGGGGAUUUACAAUCGUCCCCCGCCGCUGCCCUUCGAUGGCGACCCCUACAACUACCUGGAAGAAAACAAGCGCUUCAUCUGAGCUGCGCCUGCUUACCGCCCGCAUGACUGAGCCAAUACUAACUGUUCGACUCAUCAGUGUGGUGAUUAUAACACACCUUUAGGCACUUGAAGUGAUUUGCAGUGUUUAAUUGGUACUGGGAUCCUUUGGUUGAUGCCAGCAUCAGGGUUUGGGGUAUUUCUGAUGCAUUCAGUGCAUUAUGCAGUGCCUGGCGCCCUGAUCACAGGGUGCAAAGUGGGCAGCACAGUGAACAUUUGAUGCAGUUUUUACUAUGAUCCAUGAGCCAUUGAUUUCAGAGCAACACGCAGAGGAAAACGGUGUCAUAGUGGUCAGAGUGCAUCGGGGGCAGUCUCUCUUCUGUCCCUUGCUCGUUUCCUCUUGCUAUUCUGUGAUUUCCAUCCUUUCCCCUUGAGCAGAGGAGAGAGUCCAUCACAAACUGAGAUUCCUCAUCUCCAGGGUUACUUGACAGGCUCAAACCCUGGACCAUUUCAUGUUGGUCUCAAUGCACUGGUUACUAAUCUGUGUCUAUAAAGCCAGGUCAGCGCUCUGAACAAAUCUGAUUUAUGUCAUCCCCAUUGUACUGUUGGUGUUUUUACUGCCUCAUAAAAGAUGAAAAAUGUAACAAAAAUCAUCCUGUGAUUAUAUGGUUUUAUCCUA